UUGAAUAUUGAAUUGGUAAUUAUAAUUAGCUCCGACUUGGAAAUCGCGUCCUCAGUUGCCUCUCGAUUCAACUUGAACUGGUUAUGCUCGCCUUGCAAAAUGGCAUUUACGGUCUCAAGCUCAAGCUCUUCACCCAAUCGCAACGCGUUGACUGUUUGUGAACAGUCCGCCAUAGCUCUACGCCACCACGCGUGACGUCACCAGUCGUUCUUUACCAUCAUGAGGUUAUCAUCAUUUGCUGUCCCCAUCCUCUCUGUAUCAACCACAUUCGCUCUCUCUAAGCUACCGCAUCCUCACAGGCCUCACAGGCGCGCCCUUAUGCAAGAUAUCUGUGGUUCUCUCAACUCUGACCUGGUUCUCAACGAGGUCAUCGAUAGCUAUGGCAAACCCACUGUUGCAGGCCACAUCGAAGCUUGCCUUUGCCUCUCAGAUGUCGGCAAAUUCGUGGAAUCCAACGCCGUUGCACAGCAAGCUGUCGAACUUCUUUGCGACGAGUCUAAGGUGGAGGCCUUGAUCUCGGACAUGUUCACAGGCCUUCCGACAGCCUCGCAUUGCUCUUACCCUGAUCACGCUCGUGCUCUUUGCACGGAUUCCAAUCCGUGCGAUUUUGAAUGCGCUGAUGGGUACCUAGCCUUUCCUUCCGAGAGGCCCACUUCUUGUAAAUGCCCUGACAACUUCAUGGAGUGUGAUGGAAAGUGCGGUUCUUUUACGGUGUGCCCCAGCAAAGCACCUCCGUCCCGUCGUGACAAUGAGCCCCAAUGUGCCGCUGGCCGCACCAUGUGUGGGGUCCCUGGUGCUAGCACUGGUCAACCUUGGAAGUGCGUCGAUGUUACAACCGAUCCUACAACUUGUGGUGGAUGUGUUGAGGCAUGUCCUUUCGGACACGCACCCGUCAUUGGCGUGAACUGCAAGGAUAUCAAGGGCGUCAUUCCUGACACUGUUUCUUGUGGUAACGGGCGUUGCAUUGUGAAAGACUGCGCAGAGGGCUUCUUCGUCAGUCCUGCUGCAGAUACAUGCAUCCCUGUGUCCGAACAUGCUACCGCUAGCUCUGAGCAACAAAGCGGAGCUGCUAUUCCUGGCUCUAGUGGUUCAACUGGAAGCACGGAAAGUCUCAAGUCUUCUCGUCGCGAGGUUACCGUACCAAAGCAUGGUGCGGGUAGCGCUAUCGCUCCUGUCGGUGGUUUGAAGACUCGCGAUGUUAUUGGUGAUAUUCGGCAUGGCACUGGCAUCGUCCAUCGUGCGACUGAGCGUCUCACUCCCGGUGGUUCUGCAAGUCCCGCAGGCGUACAGGGCGCCAAGGGAGUUUCUCCUGCCUCUGGCGCAGUUGAGGGCACCUCCGAUGGCUUCAAAGCGACUCGUAAUGUUGGUCUGGUUCAUGAUGCUGACAUUGUGCCCAUCGGUGCUAGGAACCUUGCUGUUAACCAUAUGGGUGCAUUCACUGGCACCCAUGAGGUCUGUGAUGUGGACGCGGACUUGAUACCUGUUGCUGGUACUUGUUAAGGCCGCGGCGACUGGUACGACGGCUGCUGGUCAACCAGCUUGAUCUGUUCUGCCCCUUUUGUUAUCCAUUUAACGCUUUACGAUAAUAGCUUUAUAGUGACCCGCGGUUCCACUUAGCAUUGACAGCAUCACCAACCAGUAUAUAAUCCUCACGUCGCCAUCAGCGUUAGUCAUUGAAUAUAUCCAAUUACCAAUCUAAAAAUGUUAUGAAC